AUGUCGGAAUCUUCGGGAGGACAAACCCAGGGAAAUCCCCUUCAGAAAGGCGCCAUGUUUAUGGCAGGGCUGACUCUGUUGCAGUCUCUCCGUGUGGCGUUAACUGGAGCAAAGUUUGCACUUGACAGAUUUAAAAUUCCUCAACAACAUGCCAGUUCUUUCAUUAACAUGGUCCAUAAUCCUAUGGAGUUGGCAACAUUUACUGGGAUGGCUAUUGUAACUUCUAUAGCAUUAGUGACGGGUGAUAGCUCCAAGGACUUUUUCAGGGGCUUUGCCGCAUUUACAAAUGUGGCACUGUGUCUUUCCUUCAUUAUGCUCCUCUAUGCAUUCACGUCUGGAGGAGAACAGGGAGAUCUAACCUUCUACUACUGGACAAUCGUCUUCGGCUCAUUUAUCUAUGGACUGAAUGUGCCCUGUGUGAUGAAUGUGGCAAGUGCAAAUGCUGCCUUUUUCAAUGUAGGAAUUCCUGUUUCUGGUAUCCAAGUUUCGGUCUACUACUAUGUCUUCACUAAACUUGCUGAGAGGUAUAACUGGUCAAACGUUAGUUACUGGAUCAUAUUUUGGCAACUUAUAAUUGCGAUACUAAUAUCGGCAGCAUCAGCCAUAGUAUGGAUUAUUGCCUAUGGUGAUUCUAAUGGCGAAGGUGGUGGUCAAGGCUUGGAUGGAAUUGAUAAGGCUAUCUCUCCUAUUCUAAUGGGUGUAGUUGGUAUGGGUGGUAUCUACGCUUUCUAUCCUGCUAUUGCUCCUUAUAAACUGACAGAUGUUAGCACAGGUUACAAGAUUGACCUCGUUAUUUUAUUCAUGAGUGCUGUUCCUGGUAUUAUUAUUGCGAUCUUAUGCCUGUAUAAUAAAGGUCCAGAUCAACCAUGGGAAGGUCAAAAUACUAAGUGGAAUGCUACUUGGGUGUUGGCCAUUCCACACAUUACUGCCAUGGUCUUAUGCUUGGUUACACUUCAUUACCCUGGUAGUAGAGUAGCAAGUUCUAUAAAGAGCAGUGGUUUAAGGGUUGGAGUCAUUACUGUGACCCUAAAGUUUUGUGAGGAAGGACUUAAAGCGGUGUCUUAUGCUGGAGGUGGUGCAUAUGGAGGUACUAUUUCGGCUGUUAAUGCGUUUACAUCCCAAGGUUUAAUGAUAGUCUUGGCUUUUACCGGAGACGGCUAUCUUAAGACCUAUUCCAAGUAUGAGCAUGAUCGUAGUAAAUGGCCUACUAAAGACUGUGGGUUCUUUAAGUCCUUAGGAUACUGGACAUGGAAUGGAAUGAAGGUGGCCUGUAAGAGUGUCAAGUCCUCCUUUACCAAGAAUGUCAGAUGCAAGGUUUUGGGUAAAUCAGAGGCCUUACUCAUUGUUUAUGAAGAUCAGGAAUUUUAG